GUCUCAAGCACCAGUGCCAGGAUGAGUGCAGAAGUGAGCGGCAAGCCCCUAAAAGUGGGCACCCGAGUGGAAGUGAUUGGGAAGGGGCACCGUGGGACAGUGGCGUACGUGGGCGCUACCCUGUUUGCCACAGGGAAAUGGGUGGGCGUCAUCCUGGAUGAAGCAAAAGGCAAAAAUGAUGGAACGGUGCAGGGGAGAAGAUACUUCACUUGCGAGGAGAACCAUGGCAUCUUUGUGAGGCAGUCGCAGAUCCAGGUUUUUGAGGAUGGCGCAGACACCACCUCCCCAGAAACUCCGGAGGCUUCAGCUGCAAGGGUCCCCAAGAGAGAUUCCUCAGAAGGUCCCAAAGCCAGCAAACUGCGUGGAGUGAAACCUAAAAAGGCUGCGACCACACGGAAGACCACAGCUAGGAGACCCAAGCCCACCCGGACCGGCGGCUCAGCCACAUCCAGCAGCACUGCAGGGCUCUCUGGUUCGGCCUCAGCCGGUGAAAUGAGCAGCAGCGAGCCAAGCACACCUGCGCAGACUCCUUUGGCCGCCCCUGUGGUCCCGGUCCCAUCCCUGGCAUCUCCGGUGGCUCCUCCGGCAAUCCUAUCUCCAACAAAGGAGGAGGAGGCUUUGCGUGGUCAGGUGAGAGAUUUGGAGGAGAAACUGGAGACCCUCAAGAUGAAGCGGAACGAAGACAAGGCCAAGCUGAAGGAGCUGGAGAAAUACAAGAUCCAGCUGGAGCAGGUCCAGGAGUGGAAGAGCAAAAUGCAGGAGCAGCAGGCAGAGCUCCAGAAGCGCUUGAAGGAGGCCAAGAAGGAAGCCAAAGAGGCCCUGGAGGCCAAAGAGCGCUACAUGGAAGAGAUGGCUGACACAGCAGAUGCCAUUGAGAUGGCUACGCUGGACAAGGAGAUGGCAGAGGAGCGGGCAGAGUCUCUGCAGCAAGAGGUGGAUUCCCUGAAGGAGAAGGUGGAGGAUCUCACCAUGGACCUGGAGAUCCUGAAGCAUGAGAUUGAAGAGAAGGGUUCCGAAGGGGCUGCCUCCAGUUACCACGUCAAGCAGCUUGAAGAGCAGAACGGCCGACUGAAGGAGGCCCUUGUGAGGAUGCGGGACCUGUCUGCCUCGGAGAAGCAGGAGCACGUGAAAGUUCAGAAGCACAUGGAGAAGAAGAACGCAGAGCUGGAGUCCCUUCGUCAGCAGAAGGACAAGCUGCAGGAGGAGCUGAAGCAGGCAGAAGGGACCAUCGAUGAGCUGAAGGAGCAGGUGGAUGCUGCUCUGGGGGCCGAGGAGAUGGUGGAGACGCUGACAGAGAGGAACCUCGAUUUGGAGGAGAAGGUCCGAGAGCUCCGUGAGACAGUUGGAGAUCUGGAAGCCAUGAACGAGAUGAACGAUGAACUGCAGGAGAACGCGAGGGAGACUGAGCUGGAGCUGCGGGAGCAGCUGGACAUGGCAACGGCUCGAGUCCGCGAGUCGGAGAAGCGGGUGGAGGCCGCGCAGGAGACGGUGGCUGACUACCAGCAGACCAUUAAGAAAUACCGAGAGCUGACGGCCCACUUGCAGGAUGUUAACCGAGACCUGAUGAGCCAGCAAGAGGCAUCUGCGGAGCGACAGCAGCAGCCUCCCCCGGAAAUGUUUGAUUUCAAGAUCAAGUUUGCCGAGACAAAAGCUCACGCCAAGGCCAUUGAAAUGGAGCUGCGCCAGAUGGAGGUGCAGCAGGCCAACCGGCACGUCUCCCUGCUCACGUCCUUCCUGCCUGACAGCUUCCUGCGGCACGGCGGGGACCACGACUGCGUCCUGGUGCUGCUGCUCCUCCCACGGCUGGUGGGCAAGGCCGAACUGAUCAGCAGACAAGCGCAGGAGAAAUUUGAGCUGAGCGAGGACUGUACCGAGCGAGCCGGUCUUCGGGGGGCACCGGGAGAGCAGCUGAGCUUCGCUGCUGGGCUGGUCUAUUCCCUGCUCCUUCUGCAAGCAACACUCCACAGAUACGAGCAGGCCUUAAGUAAGUGCAGUGUGGAAGUCUACAAAAAAGUGGGGAUGCUUUAUCCGGAGAUGAGUGUGCACGAGAGAUCCUUGGAUUUCCUGAUUGAGCUGCUGCACAAGGACGAGCUGGACGAGACGGUCAAUGUAGAGCCCCUGACCAAAGCCAUCAAGUACUACCAGCAUCUGUACAGCAUCCACCUGGCUGACCAGGCUGAGGAUUGCACUAUGCAGUUGGCUGACCACAUCAAGUUCACCCAGAGUGCCUUGGACUGCAUGGGCGUGGAAGUGUGCAGGCUGCGUUCCUUCCUCCAGACUGGGCAGGAGGUGUCAGACUUCGCCAUCCUCCUGAGGGACCUGGAGACCUCAUGCAGCGACAUCCGACAGUUCUGCAAGAAGAUCCGGCGACGCAUGCCUGGCACUGACGCUCCUGGCAUUCCUGCAGCCCUUGGCUUUGGACAACAGGUCUCGGACACACUGCUGGACUGCCGCAAACACCUGACCUGGGUGGUGGCCGUGUUGCAGGAGGUGGCGGCGGCAGGGGCUCAGAUGAUUGCUCCCUUGACCGAGAAUGAGGGCCUGCAGGCCGUGAAAUUGGAGGAUUUGGCCUUCAAGGCCAGCGAGCAGAUCUACGGAGUGCAAGGCAUCAGCCCAUACGAGUGCCUGCGACAGUCCUGCAAUAUCCUCAUUGCCACCAUGAACAAGAUGGCCACUGCCAUGCAGGAGGGGGAAUAUGAUGCAGACAAGCCCCAGACCAAGCCCCUUCCUCCAGUUGAGCUGCGGGCAGCUGCACUUCGGGCUGAGAUCACCGAUGCUGAGGGCCUGGGACUCAAGCUGGAAGAUCGAGAGACCGUCAUCAAAGAGCUCAAGAAGUCUCUUAAAAUCAAGGGUGAAGAGCUCAGUGAAGCCAACGUGCGUUUGAGCCUCCUGGAGAAGAAGUUGGACAGUGCCUCUAAAGAUGCUGAUGACCGGGUGGAGAAGAUUCAGACCAAGCUCAACGACACCCAGGCGUUGCUGAAGAAGAAAGAGAAGGAGUUUGAGGAGACAAUGGACGCCCUCCAAGCAGACAUCGACCAGCUGGAGUCGGAGAAGCUGGAGCUGAAGCAGCGACUCAGCAGCCAGUCCAAGCGCACCAUCGAGGGCCUGCGCGGGGCCCCUCCCUCGGGCAUUGCCUCAGUCAUCUCCAGCAUCGCAGGAGGCGUGGGUGCCGGCCAGGCGAUGGUGGGGGGUUCUGGCCCCGUGCAAGUGAAGGAUUCCCCUCUCCUCCUCCGGCAGAUUGAUGCCCUGCAGCUGUCCAUUAAACACCUAAAAAACGAGAAUAACCGGCUGAAGGGCGCCCAGAUGAGGAGGGAGCUGACGUCGCUGCCCCCCCUGCACGUUCCUAAGCUCUCGCUGCCCAAGGACAGGCAAGGGGAUGAAGUGGUGUCCAGUUCGCUGUAUCGCAAGACAAGCCGGCUGCUGGAGACCCUCUUUCAGAUGAGUGCAAAUGCCCGGGUAGUGGAUAUCACGCGGCGGAAGGCAGCAGGCAGUCCGGCAGCUCAGCUCCUGGAGCAGACGGCCCGCCUGGCAUCGCUGAGCGAAGCCAUCGAGAAGCUGAAGGAUGAAGUCAGGAAGGAGACGAUCGUGCAACACCCUGGAGCCAGUAUUCCUACAGACUUUGGCACAUUCCCAUCGGUGCCCUUCCUGAAGGCCAAAGAAGAACAGAAAGACAACACUGUCUACAUCGGCCGAGUGACCUUCCCCUGCCAGCCAGGCCAUGGGCAGGUGCACAAGCUGGUGUUGACGCCAGAGCAGCUGCACAAGCUCCACGCCCGCCUCAUCUCUUAGGCAUGCCCACCUGCCCCGCCUCUGGCUCGCACGCCCUGCCA